AUGUCGACCGAGUCCGCCACCGUCGUGCCCCCGGCGGCCAACGCUGAAAAGGCCGACAUCGUCAACUCCAACGGCGCCAACGGCGACCACCACGUUCACCGCCAUCACCACCACGACUACUCCCAGAUGACGACCGGAUUCGCCCAGGCCGAUGCCGGCACCCUCAACCCGGGCAUGUGGAAGCCCUACGAGCACCGCAAGCUCGCCAAUCCCGCGCCCCUGGGCCUCUGCGCCUUUGCCCUCACCACCUUUGUCCUGUCCGCCGUCAACAUGCACGCGCGCGGCGUCUCUGCGCCCAACAUCGUCGUGCCCCUGGCCUUUGGCUACGGUGGCCUCGUCCAGCUGUGCGCUGGCAUGUGGGAAAUGGCCUGCGGCAACACGUUCGGCGCGACGGCUCUCUCCUCGUACGGCGGCUUCUGGAUCUCGUACGCCAUCCUUCUGACGCCCAACUGGGGCAUCACGGCCAAGACUGGCCCCUACGAGGGCAAUGUGUUCAGCGUCCUCGGCUUCUUCCUCACUGGCUGGUUCAUCUUCACCACCAUACUGCUGCUCUGCACGCUACGCUCGACCGUCGCCUUCUUCCUCCUCUUCUUCACUCUGGACCUCGCCUUCCUCUUCCUCGCCAUGGAGCAGUACGCCAACGACCUGGGCAACAAGUCCGCCGGCCUCGCCCUUCAGAAGACUGGCGGUUUCUUUGGCUUCCUCGCGGCGUUCUUGGCGUGGUACAACGCCCUCGCCGGUAUCCAGGACAGCAGCAACUCGUUCUUCCAGGUGCCCGUUUUCCACUUCCCCUGGUCUGACAAGGGUCGCGAGCGCCGCGGCAUCAAGACGGAGCGCGAGCAGGCAUGA